AUGAAGAAAAUAAUCAAUAGAAUAUGUCUAAUAAUAUGCCUAAUAACCAUAUCAAUUAGUUUAUUCAUAAUUAGAAGUCAAUCAUACACUGAAAAACGUAUACCGGACUUAACGGAUGAAAAAAUUACAUCAAAAAUUGAUUCUGUAUUUUAUGAAAAUUGUCAAAAAAUCGAUGUUUCAAGGAAAGCAAAUGCAACAAUAGUGAUGCUAUGUCGGAAUUCGGAGAUUGAUAAAGUAAUACAGUCAAUGAAAUCAUUAGAAGGUCAUUUCAAUCAAUGGUUUAAUUAUCCAUGGACAUUUUUAAAUGAUGAACCAUUUUCUGAAAAUUUUAAACAACAAGUUUCAAAACAUACAAAUGCUAAAAUAGAAUUUGGACUUAUACCAAAAGAACAAUGGGAUUUUCCAAAUUAUUUAAGUAAAGAAGAAUUAGAUGAGAAUUUUCAAUAUCAAUCAGAUAGAACAAUAUUAUAUUCAAAUCUCGAAUCAUAUCAUAAAAUGUGUAGAUAUUAUUCUGGUGCAUUUUUUAAACAUCCUUUAAUUUCAAAAUAUAAAUGGUAUUGGAGAGUAGAACCAAAUGUAAAAUUUCAUUGUGAUUUAACUUAUGAUCCAUUUAUUGAAAUGGAGGAAAAGAAUAAAAAAUAUGGAUUUAAUAUUAUACUAUCAGAAUUAUAUUAUACAACUCCAAAUUUGUUUAGACAAGUUAGGAAAUACAUCCAAAUUAAAAAAAUUCAAGUUAAAGAUACAUGGAAAUUACUCACAUUUAAUCUGAAAUGGACUACUAGUGACACUAAAUAUUUAGAUAAACCUGAAAAGGAUGAAAUUUUACGAGAAAUUCAAGAUCAGAUAUAUAUAAAGAAAUUCUUGGAAUUGAAAGAGAAACCAAAAGAAACUGAAAUGAUUGAUCAAAUAAUUAGAAGGAGUAAAGAAAUGCCAUAUUUACAUGAAGAUAGAAUAAAUUUACAAGAUUUUAAUUUAUGUCAUUUUUGGUCUAAUUUUGAAAUUGCAAGAGUUGAUUUAUUUUCAGAUAAUGAAUAUCAAGAUUUUUUUAACUUUUUAGAUGAAAGUGGUGGUUUUUAUAAAGAAAGAUGGGGCGAUGCUCCAAUACAUUCAUUAUAUGUUGGAAUGAAAUUAAAUUUAAAUGAAUUACAUUAUUUUCGAGAUAUUGGUUAUCAACAUGAUAUAUUUUCUCAUUGUCCAAGAGAUUCAGUAGUUGGUUGUAAUUGUAAUUGUCCAAAUUGGCCAGAACCUGAAAUUGAAUUAUCUAAAUGUAUGAGUUAUUGGGUAAAAUAUACUAGUGAUGAUUAUAAAGACAAACCAGUCAUCGAUGUUGAAUAUUGGGAAAACAAAUUGACCAAAAAAAUAGAGAAACAUUUAAGAGAAGGAGGUAAAUAUGGGCAAAAUUUGAUAUAA